CGGGAGGAGAUAGAAAAGCAUGUCCCGCGGCCCGGCCCAGCUCGGCAGUUCGCAAGCUGGGCCCGUUUGAAGCCCACUGGGAAUUUCGGCCCGUUGCCGUCCAGAGGAAUUCCGUUUCUUUUUUUUUUGCUGGAAUUUUGGUGCAUGUUUCAGAGGAGCUCAGCUGCCGGGCGGCGAACCACUUGGCAGCGUCCCCUGCCGUUCUGGCGCGAAACCUUCGGGCAGCUCGCUCGCGCCACCAUUGUCGGGCCGAGGAAGCGACCGAGCAACGCGAGGUCACUGGUGGUCGUGGACGAGGGAGCCAAGAAGACCAGAGUAGAGCAGAGGCUUCCGACAGGGGAGAGAGAGGAGGCGGGAGCCAUGCAGGCGAGGCGGGAGAUCCGGACGAAGCCGGAGCAGCGGGGGGAGGAGGAUGCGGCGGCGGCGGAGACGCCUCUGAGCGCGCGGUGGAGCCCGGAGGCGGAGAUCGGGAUGCGGGUGGAGGACAUCUGGGACAGCCUGGACCAGCCGCAGCUGAGCCGGAGCGACAAGCUCAACAGCUGCUUCGACGCCAUCCCGGUCUCCUCCUUCCCGCAGACCUUCGGGUCGCAGCUGGUGGACAUCCCCUCCGACGCCACGCUGGCCGAGGCCGUCGACAUCCUCUCCCGGAACCGCAUCAACGGCGCGCCCGUGCGCAACGUGGAGGCGCCCGAGGACGCCAGCUGGAUCGACCGCUACAUCGGCAUCGUGGAGUUCGCCGGGAUCGCCGUCUGGCUGCUGCACCAGUCGGAGACCUCGGCGGCCGCGCUGGGCGCCGACGAGAUGGCCGCCAAGCUCGGCACGGUGACCCUCGACCCGGAGCUGAAGCCGGCGGCGCCGGCGUCGGAGGCGGAGGGCGCGGUGGCGGAGGCGUUCGGGUCGCUGCCGUCGUCGGAGCUGUUCCGGAAGACCAAGGUGAAGGACAUCUCCGGGUCGUUCCGGUGGGCGCCGUUCCUGGCGCUGCAGAGCUCGGACACGUUCCUCACCAUGCUGCUGCUGCUGUCCAAGUACCGGAUGAAGAGCCUCCCCGUGGUGGACAUCGGCGAGGGCACCAUCAGCAACAUGGUGACGCAGGCGGCGGUGGUGCACAUGCUGGCCGAGUGCGUGGGGCUGAGCUGGUUCGAGGACUGGGGCACCAAGACGCUGGCCGAGCUGGGCCUCCCCCUCAUGAAGACCAGCCGGCUCGUCAAGGUCUGCGAGGACGACCCGGCGCUCAAGGCGUUCCGGCAGAUGAGGCGGCGCGGCGUCGGCGGCAUCCCCGUGGUGGACGCCGCCGGCAAGCCCGUCGGCAGCAUCAUGAUCAAGGACGUCAAGCACCUCCUCACGGCCUCCGAGUCAACCGGACACUACAGGACGCUGACGGCGAGGGAGUUCAUCGCGAGCGCGCGGCAGUGCUCGGGGGAGAAGCAGAUGAGCAUCAUCACGUGCACCAGGGAGGACAACAUGAAGGAGAUCAUCCUGAAGCUGGACGCGGAGAAGAGGCAGAGGAUCUACGUGGUGGACGGGGAGGGCAACCUGGACGGCCUCAUCACGCUCAGGGACAUCAUCGCCAAGCUCGUCUACGAGCCGCCGGGAUACUUCGGGGACUUCUUCAACGGCGUCAUCCCCAUGCCGCAGAACAGCAGGGUCUGAAAUUCUGAAUCCUUCUUAGAGAAAUUAAGCCUUCUGUUUGUUUCCUAGCCAAGAUCAGGAUAUAAUCUUUCUGCCAUUUUCUCUAGGUAGUGAUUCUCGGUGUUUUCUUCCUCUUCCAAUUUUCACUCUCCUUAGUGCUUCGUUAAAGCUAGAACCUAGUUUCAUUUGUUUCAGUUUUGUCAGUUCGGCAUAGCCAGCUACCUAGCUCAUCAUAAUGAAGAACAAUGUGGCUCUGUUCAUGUCAACGACCGGAAUUUAGAUAUGGAACACAGUCUCCGUUAUGUGGGAUAAUCUUAGAGGCUGUACGGAUUACGCAUUUGCUUGCGCAGAAUCUGCUCAAGUCUGAAGCUACACACGCACUCUAUUCUUAAUACGGACGGUGAUGUAAAUUCACACCGCGGGAGUAUCAGCCAUCGGCUGCAGAGUAGACAAGGAUACAAAGGUCUGUGGAAUGUAACUCUAAACCACAAGAUAUGACAUUGUGAAUAGGCAUCCAAUACUUUGACAGCAUACAUUUCUGCAUGUUAUCUCCCAGGUUAUGAGCUGUCCAAGAUGGUAAUAAAGGCGCAAAUAAAAGACCCCAGACUUAUCAAAAUAGGCAAUACGUAUAUAAGAUAAGGAGCAGAACAACCAUCAAUGUGCAAUACAGCACAAUGACAAUAGAUGGAAGCAAACUGCAUAAAUCGAAAACCCACUCUAUGAACUGAGAAGAUUAAAACAGGGCACAGUGAAACUGCUACACUGCCUUUAUGAUAACGAGGUUCAAGAAUUCACGAAACUGGAUUCAAAGUCGUAAGUUGUAGUCUUUUUAGUUAUCCGAUAAGCUACUGUACUUACUUUUCUUUUAUCAUCAACAUGUUACUAUACUUCCUGCCCAGCAACCAACUAAACAGCAGAUGACGAAAAUUGAAACAAGGGGAAAGCGAACAUAACCGCUGUAUAAAUUGUACAUAAGAUGCCAACCACCGACCAUCCAGCAAUAGUCAAUAAUCAACAAAAGAA